AGUUCGUGCCUGUUAUUGUUUUUCUUGUUUUCGCAUCUUCAUUACAAUUUCAAGUUUUUGCCGGCGAAAAGUAAGUACGUUCGUGCCAAAAGGCAGGAGCGUAGACAAGGAAAAUCGAAAUGUCCUCAACUCUCUGGAAACCGAAUGGGAUCGGGCGAGGCAGUGUUGGUCGCUUUGCGGUUUCGUCCAUCGUUCUUUCCCUCGCCGCCUCUAAUAGCGCCGCGCAACAGAAACAGUUGCUGCGCCGCGACAGCAAAGACGAUGUCGCUUUUCUUGCCCCCGGCGGGGAGGCGACGAUCACUUUCAAGAAUGAAGAAGCCCGAACAAGAAGAACGGAAGCGGGAGGAUAUGAAACACCGCCCGGUGAUCUCUGGAACUCGACUUCUUCUUCUUCUGCAUUCAUACAGGUCAACGAGACGCAAGCAAGAAUCGAUGCAGUCGUGGAUUACCUGACUUCCACCGGGGAGCUUUACUUCGAAGACCGAGCAGCGUACGACGCAAUCGACAACCUGAAUCACUGCGGCGGGCCGGACGAUCCCAGCUUUCGUGCAUUCAUCAUCUCACUGCCGCGGUGGCGGUGGAAGCUCGAGCGGUUUCUCACGCAGUGUUACGAUCGGGUGGAGGUUCCGGGGGUUGCAUCUUCAUCAUCGUUUGAAGACAUGAGGGAGGACAAUCAAACGGCUUUAGCAGAAACGAAGAACCGGUAUGAAGAUCAACCUGGUGCUGGAGCAGUAGACCCGCGGCGCGAAACACCACACGCGGGUCAACAUGGGGUCGUGGCAACGAAAAUCGGGCAACAAGAAGCAGCUACAACGGGAAAGAAAGUAGAACAAAAAGCAAAAACAAGUGAAGCAGCCUUCAUGUUAAACAUGCCGAUGAAGCUGAAAGUUUGGCCGGGGUUCAUGUACCGAGAUCGCAUUGCGGAGGUGAAAACCCAUUUCAUCCAAGAACUCGGAGUUGUGGACCCAGCGCUCCUGGACGUGGAAGGCUGGGACGGCAAUCUUGGUUGCGGAAUGGCGCAUGUGGCGCUCGCGGACUAUUUGGUAAAUUUGGAUUCCACUUCUACUUCAACUUCACCAGCGUCAGCAAAGCCGGCUUCGAGCUUGUACAGUCAGUCGGCAGACGAGGUGGACAAGAACGCUUCAUCGGAGACAACAGGAGUCGCGACCUCGCUCUCCACCACGCCCCCGCCCAGUUUCACACUCGUCUUGGAAGAUUCUGCCGUCGCGGACCCGCACAGCUUCGGGAAGGUUUGCACUUUGUUGAAGCGGAUGCACUCGCCCGAGGAAGUGGACUUUGCCCUGCUCUCGGUGUUGCGACCGCUCGCAGACGGGCCGGACUUGCUGCGAGGUGGAGUGGAUGAUGUGCAAAAAUUAGUUGGAGAACAGACAACUUCUAGUAGUACAACACAAAUUACUGCUUUGGCUGGCGGAGUGGGCCCCCGCGUGUCCGCUAUGGAGGAAGUGCAGCAGCUAGACAUCCAUGGCUCCCUGCGGCGCUGGUUUCCGUCGUCAAACGUGACGCUCGGUGCCGAUGAAAAUGAGGAAUUGCAAAAACACGGGACCCUGAAAGAAGUUCCGAAGCACGACAUUGCGGAGGGCGUACCAAACGUCUGGACGUCGGCCUUGAUGUACAACGAUCGCAAGAUAAAAAUUGCAGCCCCCUUCUUCGGGAGGACGACCACAACUGCUACGGGUGGAGAUCAUCGUGUAGUUGAUCCAAAAACAGCUACAAGCGGUUCCGAAACCCAGACCCUCCAAGAACUAGUACCCGUCGGCGCCUCACAUCUACUAAACUGCCUGCGCCAGAUUCCCUGGGGCAGCACCCCGCGGACACGUCUCGAUGAGCUCAGGCACAAGGAGAAGUGGACGAAUAUAGACCGGUGGUUGACGCUGCAGUGCUACGCCGGCGCGCAGUCGACGGAGUUUCGGGCGUAUGUGUACGAUGGCAACGACAUUUUUCGACAUGCAGAGACCCCCGGGAAGGACGCGCGGGACACGAUUAACCAGGGCAGGUCAUCUUCGAGUAGUAGUACUGCGACGUGA